GAAUACUGCAAGCUCUCCCACUCACUGCUAAUGUUAAACAGGAACAGAGAAGACUCUCAGGCACACACGAAUCAAACCAGACUGAAGAUCCUUCACAAGACCUGGAGAUCUCACCUUUAGGUGUGUAUAUACUGCAUAGAGCUUUUCUGACCUACUCUGGUGGACGUGAAGGGCUACUGUGUAUCUUUUCCCCCUCCCCGUAGAGAAUGUUAUGGAGAAGGUAGGCUGCAGGGUUACCUUAAGAGCAAUUCAACCCUUCACACUGUAUCUCUCAUAAGCUUGCAACUGUCGGGUUAGAGGGACAGUGUGGUCUCCAUAACAAUCUACAAACCAUGAGUGUUUUUAGAAGGCUAUCAGGGGACCUGACCCUGAUUGUAUAAAUUGCUGGGCAGGAUGCUGACGAUUGCUUUGUGCUUGUAAGGUUUUGUUUAUUUUCAGCAAGUUCUCAAAAAGGCAUGGGAGGUGGGGUGAGUAUGUGUGUGUAAUUAAGUUACUGUCCAUCCUCUUUAUGUCUCUAUUAAUUAAUGUCCUUAUUUUUUUUUUUUGCCUGUACUAUAUUCCUAGCUUCUCAGAUGAGCUGCUGUGUGGACCAGAUUUCAGAGAGGACAGGACUGUGUGGAGACACAAAUCGGACCUGGGAGAAGUAUUCAGAUAAGAAGCUGCAACCACACAGCCUAGUGGCCUGGAGGCAGAUAUAG